AUGGAAGCCUCCCCACUGUUGGCAAAAGCAGCACAAGACCAGCGAGUUUACAAAACUCUGUACCUAAGACCCCUGGCCUUGCAUCCUUUAACAACAACACACAGAUACGAAGACCUAAUGGAAAGAUGUCUGACUAGCGGAAAUGCUGAAGCUCACUACAUCAAAGGCAUAGUACAGUACUUCCACAACAACAACCACACAGAAGGAUUGCAAAACCUAAAACUAGCGGCAGAAGGUGGCUAUGCCGAUGCUGUAUAUCUAUAUGGAAUCAUAAUGUUAUGCAGGGGUGAAUCGGAGGAAGGACGAGCUUACUUGGACAAACUAGACUGGCAAGAAAGCAAAUUCAAGGCCGACCGAUGCUGGAGAAACAUUAAGAGGUCGUUGCAUGGAAUGCGAAUCAUACGGCUGCCAAUCUACGUAGCAACAAUAACAGAUAUGAGAGAAAGCAUAAUGUGCGACAUCGAUGACAUGGAGAAUAGAUGCAACCACUGCUACUACUUCAAACAGAUGCUGAAAUUUGUGUUCGUCAUCUAG